AUUAGCAUUCAGUAGAGGAGAGCUCUGCUACAAGCAGUGAUGCUGGCUCGCAGAGCAAGCUGGCAAUUAGACUUGAUGGGCUGAAUAUUUCCUCUACAAGAUCUUGGAGAGCAAAUUGGACAUAGCAUAGCUUCUCACAAAGGGUCAUUUCAAAGAAAGGCUGAGCUGGAUUCACUGGGAUUGUUGAAAAGUGUUUCUGAAAGCAGUAGUUUAAGCUUGCAAACAAGGGGUGAAAUCAGCUUGGUUUUCCUAGCAUAUUGCCUUACAACCAACAGUAUGCUUGAUGUGUGGGUCUAUUCUAUAGGGCUUUGACAAAAGCUUGCUGCUCAUUUUAUAUAUAAAAAAAAAAGUGACUCAAGCUGGGAGAGAAGAGAAAUUACAAUGUUUCCUUGCAGACCAUUGAGGCUUUUGCUGCAGCUGGCAGUGUGGAAGAAAGAGAAAGACUCUAGGAAGUAAAAGCCUCGACUGUUGUAUUCUUCAGCCUGGCUUCUUCAGUGUUGUUGGAAGAAGAUUUGUCUCCAUUGUAAGUGCUCUAGGGAGGAACACGGUGUGACGGCUAUGCCCCUGGAGAUGGAAAAAACUAUGAACAAACUCAUGUUUGACUUUCAAAGGAAUUCAACCUCCGAUGAUGAUUCUGGAUGUGCCCUUGAAGAAUAUGCCUGGAUUCCACCAGGACUCAAACCAGAACAGGUCCACCAGUAUUAUAGCUGUCUGCCAGAUGAAAAAGUUCCUUAUGUGAAUAGCCCUGGAGAAAAAUCAAGAAUAAAACAGCUUUUGCACCAGCUGCCGCCACACGACAAUGAAGUCCGGUAUUGCAACUCUCUAGACGAAGAAGAAAAACGAGAGUUAAAGCUUUUUAGCAACCAAAGAAAAAGGGAGAAUUUGGGAAGAGGAAAUGUCCGUCCGUUUCCAGUUACAAUGACGGGUGCCAUUUGUGAGCAGUGUGGAGGGCAGAUCAAUGGAGGAGAUAUCGCUGUUUUUGCGUCUAGAGCGGGACAUGGAAUAUGCUGGCAUCCUCAGUGCUUUGUAUGCUCCAUCUGCAACGAGUUGCUUGUUGACCUUAUUUAUUUCUAUCAAGAAGGAAAAAUCUAUUGUGGCCGACAUCACGCAGAGUGUUUGAAACCUCGAUGUGCAGCAUGUGAUGAGAUCAUAUUUGCUGAUGAAUGCACAGAGGCUGAGGGGAGACAUUGGCACAUGAAGCAUUUUUGUUGUUUUGAAUGUGAAACUGUACUCGGGGGUCAGAGAUAUAUCAUGAAGGAAGGACGGCCUUAUUGCUGCAAUUGCUUUGAGUCGCUGUAUGCUGAGUAUUGUGAUACUUGUGCACAACAUAUAGGUAUAGACCAGGGUCAGAUGACAUAUGAUGGUCAGCACUGGCAUGCAACCGAAGGCUGCUUCUGUUGUGCGCAUUGUAAGAAAUCUCUACUUGGACGUCCGUUUUUGCCCAAACAGGGACAAAUAUUUUGCUCUAGAGCAUGCAGUUCUGGAGAUGACCCAACAGGGUCAGACUCCUCAGAUUCUGCUUUUCAGAACGCCAGAGCAAAAGAAACCCGACGUAGUGCAAAGAUUGGCAAGAAUAAAGCAAAGAUGGAAGACAACAGUAUGAAUCAUGGUCCAAUGAAUGUGGCAUCUAAUAGACUUUCUGCAGAUGUUGAUCCUCUCUCUUUGCAGAUGGAUUUGCUAAGUGUAUCAAGUCAAAACCCAAGUCUCAACAGAGAACAGUUGUGGAGAAGCAGAGAUGAACUUUACCAUUAUGGUAAUAAAAUGGAGAGGAGUCAGUCACAAAGUCCUUUACAACUUCUCAGUCAGUGUAACAUAAGAACGUCUUACAAUGCUGGCCAAGGAGCCGGUGCUCAGCAAGAUAUGUGGGCAAAACAUUACAACAACCAGAAAAGAAGUUUGUCCAUGAUGGGUCACAGUGAAAGUUUCUCCCAAGAUAGCCGGGAUGAGUAUUACCAAGGCAGGUUAAGACAGCAAGAAAGUUUUAGUGAUGUUUCCAACCACAGUUUUAAUGAAGCACGCUCAAGCCUGAGAGUUCCAAAAUUUGAGGAUGCAAAAGGCAUGAAUUCUCAACAGUGCCGAACAAGGCAUCCAAUUAAUGCACUUAAAUUUACGGAUAAAUUGACGCCUACAGAACAAACUCCUAGAGGAUCAAUGGAGUCUCUAGCACUCUCCAAUGCAACAGAAUUCCACAAACCAAAUAUGAACAACAUAACAACACAUGGAGACACCAUAGGUGCAUCUGCAGAUGGAGGUCCUAAACGGCAGGAGCAUUUGUCCAGAUUUUCAAUGCCAGAUUUGAGCAAAGAUUCUGGUAUGAAUGUUUCAGAGAAACUCAGCAAUAUGGGGACAUUAAACUCUUCUUCUCAGUUCAGAAGCGUGGAGUCUGUCCGAAGUCUACUCUCUGCACAGCAAUAUCAGGAUAUGGCACCAAAUUUCAGUGAAAUAGUUAAUGCGGGUAAAUAUAGAGACCUUCCACCUCAUGCAAGGCUGCGUCAAGGAUUUACAUUUGAUAAUGGUAUGUCCAUGAAUGAUAUGUCUGGCCAGACCAACACAAAACUAACACCCAUGAGUGAAAGAACAAGGAGACGUACACAAGCCCGAGAUAAUGACCAACACUAUCGACACCAUCGGCAAAGGAAAUCAAGACGCUCUCGUUCUGAUAACGCUCUUCACCUGACAAGUGAACAGUGCAAUAAACAGAAAGAGAAACCCAUUGUGAGAAACCGAGAAGAAUAUGAACAGUUCAUGCAACAAAGAGGAGGUAGAGAGCUAAUGGAUCAGGCAAGUAGGAGAGAAAUGUACAAUCGGUAUCAAAGAACAGCAUCUGACAUGGCUUUACAGAACCACCUCUUUGAAAGAUGGGGGCAACAUAUGAACGAAUAUGAUUGGUGUUCUACAUGUUCCUCCUCUUCUGAGUCAGAUAAUGAAGGAUAUUUCCUAGGAGAACCAAUUCCGCAGCCUACUCGUUUAAGAUAUGUAACCAGUGAGGACCUUAUCCAUCAGUACGGACAAUGUUCUGGUGGAAUUCCGAAGUCUUCCACCUUGGGUGGCCGAGGGCAGUUGCACAGCAGGAAAAGACGAAAGAGUAAAAACUGCAUUAUUUCAUAACAAUAUACAAACAUCUACAGGCUAAGAAUGUAACAUAUAAAUUAACAAAUCACAAACCUGCACUGCUCUUCAAAUUGAACAUUCAUUUUAUUACAGAAUGAUAAAGGCAGUGAAAUCUACCAUUAGCGCUGACCAAAUGGAGUAUGGAGUCAGAGGCUAAAUUCUUAUUGACAAAUAGUAAAUUGAUGAAAAAAUGAGUAUUGUUUUUAUUUUGCACACUUCACUUUCAAAGCAACUCUUCACUUUAUUACCUGGGUAGUUCAGUCCGCCAAAAAAAGAAGGAAAAAAAAAAAAAUCAAGAAAAAAAUAAAUCAGAACACUGCCAUGAAUUUUUUUGUUCAGCUCUAAACCUAUGUUCUUGUUUCGAUUGUAUGCCAUAAAAAAAUGUAUAUUGCUUGCCUUCAUCAUUCUAUCACAAUACCUGAUACUUUUUUUUAUGGUACUCAUAUUUUAAAGUAUUUUUUAAAUCUCAGAUAACGCUUAUGUUUUAAGUUAUUUACACACUCAUUGUAAAUGGAAUGUAAAUGAGAGUUCUGAUAACCUAUUUUUGUAUUUUGUAAUAUCGAAAUGCGUUUCUAUGUUUUGGGAAUAUAGAUAUUAUGGAACUGCAUGCACAGCUCAGAUGUCUGGUUGGUUUUAAUUGCAAACUGGUGUUCUUUUCGUACAUAGUGCAAUUUAUACAUUAGAGGUGUGUGAAUUAAUUCACUUUUAAAUGUUAAGCAAUAUUGCAAAAGUAAAUGUUAAUCGCUAUCAGGUUAAUACCAUAUAGUGACCCUUAUCUUUGGCAGUUAUACUUUUAAAAAGUCUAGCACCUUACCAGAAACAAAUCCACACAAAAAAAAAGAUUGUAGACCACAGUCUGGUAAUAUUCCAGAUAUUUAUAACCUUAUUUACCAAAGUAUAUGCACAUUUUACUUAGCUAUCAAAGAGUAUUAUAAAAUUGAUUUAGAGUUUAACAUUUUAACUACUAGAUUCCAACUGAGCAAUUGCGCACUCAGUAGGUAAAACCUUUUGAAGUUCAUGCAAGUGGACCUUUGAAAAUGAGGUAGGAGGCAGAUCCAUAAUGCAAGUGCGGUUUAUUCAUACUGUAUAAGUACAAACACACAUAGUGUGGAAGGGCAGCUGCGGAAGAUAUGACGCGUUUCGCGCAUGCUCAGAUGCGCUUCAUCAGAGAUGUUGAACAACCACAGGAAAAUUAUCAGCCCAACAAAAAGUUUUCCAUUAAUCCUUUGUAGGAUGGAUUUAUAUGACAAAUACCCUUUAUCAACAGCCUACCAAAAAUUAGCAUAAAAACUGUAGCCAAAGUCCAAAUUCUGUACAAUAGUAUUACAAUGUGGAGUACUUGUAAAAGAACAUAAAAUGCCUAUCGUGCAGUUUUGUUACGUCAGCAUCCAAUUGUGAGUGGUUUUAUGCAUCUGUGACUUGAAAUAUUUAUCUGCUAUCAUUAACCAAGUUGAAGGAAAUAAAUAAUGCUGCUUUAUACCUGGAAUGUAUCAUAAGAAGUAAAGCUGCCCAGCUCUUCUCAUUUGGCAUCAGGGCACAAAUAUAGAAAACUAGUAUUUUAAAGUAGAUUGCGCAUUGUUGUAUUAAACACAGACAUUUUGCUUUCUAUGCUUUGAACUGCAUAUCUUGUACUAUCUUCAGGGUAUUUGACAUCAUUUGCUGUUCAGAUUUCAAUAUUAAAAACAUAUUGUCCUUGAUAACAAUCA